AUGAAGUGCGCUCUCCUCCUUUGUUUCAUCGGACUUUCUGCCGUUGCUUUGACAUGUCAAGGAUAUCACAAGUAAGCGUUAUAAAUUCGGCGUAAAUUCAAACCCCCCUAUAGACGUAGUUGAUUAUACCCUGCGAUUAAACUUUGAAUUUAAAUGCAAAAUUUUGAUAAAAUACGAAAAUAUCCAGCAAAAAGAUUGACAUCUUCUUCCAGGGCCCAAUGCGAGAAAGAAAUUAGCGAAGCGGGGGAAAAAAUGGCGCCGUAUCUGCAUGAUGACAUCAAACGCCAAUAUGUCUGCAAAUUCAUUGUCGCCCUGCUGGAGACUGCCGUGAGUUCUUCAUUUACAUUAACCCUGAGGGCUUAGAGUCAGUCAAAGAAGUAAAAUAGAAAAUUUCAGUGCAAAACGCAGCAAUGCGGCCCCUGUGAACACGGACUGAUCGACUGUUUCAAGGCACAGGAAAGCACCAGCAAGUUGGUGGUGACUCCUGAAAAAUGUUGUAGCCACUGUCCUGCUUUCUCCCUCAACAGCAUCUUGGCUGAGAAAUCUUUUGGCUUUGCAUCGAAAGGGUCAAUAACAAAAAUAAAGUAUGCUUUCUGACACAAGACUCCGAUUUUGCUUCCUGGAGAGCGGUCGGGUUUUCCUGUCCACCCAUGCCGUUGCGGGCACAAAGGGCUUCGCCUGGGACAGUAGCUGUUCAUCGUAAUGGAUUUCAAGUUCAUACUGUUAAUGUUAGAUCAAUCCAAGCCGAGGGAAAAAUUGGAGCAAUCCAACAAAUCGUUGGAAACGAAAGUGAUCAGCAUGAAUUCGACAUCCCCUAUACACGACCGUUUGUGCGCUUCAGGAUGAGGUGGAUCGACGAUGCUGGCAAGAAUCAUGGCCUCCGAUGGAGCGAUCUUACACUGACCGGACAAUGGAAACCAUUAUCAUGCACUCCAUGA